AUGUCGACCUUCCGCGAGGCUUCUCAUAUCACCACCGGCAAGUUUGUCGACCCUACCCCAGCCCCCGCUGAGGCUGCCCACCCCGAGGUUGGCACGACUUCUGCACCCUUGAAGUCUGCCGCGUUCUUCAUUGGAUCUUAUUGCAAGGAUUAUAACGAGGAUUUCAUGCUGUGCAAGGACGAGAACAACGACCCUGCUCACUGCUUGAAGGAGGGCCGCAAGGUCACACGCUGCGCCAUGGACAUGAUUACCAAGUUGAGGGAGAACUGCGAAAAGGAAUGGGAAGCUCACUACAAGUGCUUGGAGAAGCACAACCAGGAAUACUAUGCCUGCCGUAAGCCCGAGAGAACCUUUAACGAGUGCGUCUUCUCCAAGCUGAAACUCGAAAAGGUUAUCCCUGGAGCAUCAAACACGCCCAUCCAUCUUCGCGAGAACACCAUUUACAACUAG